CCACAGGGGAGAGAGAGUGGGGGAUGACGUCGAGUAUCGUCCUAUGGAGGCUGGUGUACCGGAGUCGACGGAGGAGCUCCAUGCCCGCUUGGAUCGAGAGGAGGAGCAGCUGUUGGAGGUGUUGCAGAGAGAGUGGCCGGGUAGAGCCGUGUACAUGGCGGAGCAGCAGCGUGCUCGGGAUUUGGAGACCGGUGCUGCAGUACCUGAUCCGGGCGGGGUGGAGCAUCGCGAUCCAUUCGCACCUGACCUUGCACAGACUGAGGGGCAGACUGGUGCUGUAGUACCUGAUCCGGGCGGGGUGGAGCAUCGCGAUCCAGAGCAUGGAGAUCAUGCCGUGUCCGACGUCGUACUUGGAUUUCGUGCGGCAGACACGUUGCAGCCCGAUGAUUCAUGGAAAAAUAAGUAUUUGAGUGUGGAGGCCGAUGAUGGGGCGGAUACUGUGGGGCGACUUUCACCGUCGCCUGGUGCCGGUCCAGGUCGAUUGUCACACGGCCCCAUUGGGGGUGACGACAUGGACCUGCAGACUGAUGAUCCGGAGGAGGUCGGAGGCAGUACGUCUUUGGCGUUAGUGUUGUGGCAUCCUUCAUCGGUGGCGCACGACGUUCUGUCAAAGCAUGUCGAGGGAGGCGGCGGUGCCAAUGAGGAGGAGGAGGGCGGUAUACCACCUAACCUUCAGGACCACGCCACAGCAGAUAUGGAGGAGGGGGAGAUUACACCUGGGUCACUCGACCCUGAUGCGUUGCAGCGUGAAGGAGUGGAGGAUCCGAUUAGCAGGGGAGCUGCAGGAUCUCUUGGGGUCGGGGUUCGAUCGCCUCCGUUGUACACACCUGUGACCCCGCGGUAUUCUGGCUCUCCAACGAGCUUGGAGCGCGAGCAGCAUCGUUCGGAGUCCGCCAUGGCAGCAGCUCGGGGUGCACACAGGGCUCGCACCACUUCACUCACACCUCCUCCACCGACCGUGCCCCACAGCACUCCGACACCAGUUACGGGUGGAGCUGCCGGGAGAGACCACGUCGCGACGUCCUCGUCACCUCGCCUCGACACACAUCAGUCAUUUCACCGUUCGUGGAGCACAGUGCGACGAGUUGACGAGAGAGUGAGGAGUGAUUUCGCAACGCACCAGGCGCGGUUGAGGGAGGACUCGGAGGAGCACAGGCCGGCACCGAGUUUGACGACUGCUUAUCGCAUUCUCGAUCAGCCUGGACACGGCACUCGCAGGGACAUGCUUUUAGGUUCACGCAGGGUUGCACUUGCGUUUUACACUUAUGGAGAGGACGGAGUGGAGCUCGACAGGGAGCGCAGGAGGAUGGCGGCGGCGCGCACUUCGGAUGCUGAUACGGAGGAGGAGCCCAUCGAGGUUGCUAGGCGCAGGGAGAGAGAGAGAGAGAGAGAGAGAGAUUGGUCGCGGCACAGGCACACAUGACACCGCCGACAUAUGGACGAGGUGGCAGAGGCGACAGAGGCGGCGGAGGCGGCAGAGGCGGCAGAGGCGGCAGAGGCGGCAAAGGCGGGGGGCGGUAGAUAUAUGUACUGUGGUUUUGAUUUGGAUAUUUCCUAUUUUUUCAGAGGGAGCUUCGUAUUCGUUUUCUUAGACGCGAUUCACAUGUACUUUAGUUUUGUAGUUCUUUGUGGCGGGGUUGUGUAUAUCUUCGCUUUUGUGACACAUCGGUAUAGUAGUGUAUACUAGUGACAGCAGUUUCCCAUCU